AUGGAGUACCGUCGCAAGUCUGAUGAGCCCACAUCUGCCAUCCAGCGCUUUGGGCGCUGGCUACGCCUCAAGCAGUACCAAGUCGAGGUCACCUUUGCCGUCUACAUGUUUACGCCCACCGAGAAGUUUGUCUUCUGGUCCGUCGUCUUCCUGCUCUUCUCCAUGACCGCCAUUGCUUCGGCCCUGUACCUGCCGCAGCACCUUGCCUUCCUCAUUGACCGCGCCUGGUUCUACGUCAAUGGCGGAGAGGCGAGCAGCGGCAGCGGUGCCCUCGCAUCCGUCAACAAGGAGGCCAUGUCGCUAUCGGUGACCUCGCUGGCAGCCGCUGUCACGGAAGCUGCCGGAACCACUGCACGAGAACUGUGA